UUUUUUUUCUUUUCUUUUUUUCGGAGCUGGGGACCGAACCCAGGGCCUUGCGCUCGCUAGGCAAGCGCUCUACCGCUGAGCUAAAUCCCCAACCCGGUAUAGUAUAUUCUUAGUCCAGCCUCUAGAGAACCAGGACUACAGCUGGCAGCACCAUGCCACUUGAUGAGUUUCUUUACUGGUUCUUGUCACUCUGGACCUCCAGUAGGCUUGUGUCAUGACUGAACCUCUUUCCAGAGCACCAAACACACUACACAGGGUCAGCAGCAUGUUUACUAUGGACUACAUGCUAUGCACAUGUGUGCACAGCAACUCUGAUAAUAACCAAUUAUCCCAUUUUGCAGUUGAAGCUACCGGGUCACAUACAAAUGAUUUUUCAUGUGUUCAUAUGUGGUACACACUAAAGCAGAGUACAGAGAGACAAGACAGGAAACUGGGCCAUCUAGUUACUUAAAAGUCACUACUUAAGUUUCCCUUCGCAAAGGACAAAACCAGCUACCAGCAAAAAUGAAAAAGAAUCACGAGACCACACAGCCAGUGACAUGUGUAAGAACUGUUUACAGCAGCACAAGGGCACCAAGACUAGAAUAAGCGAAUCUCUGUGCCCAAAGAGGUUAUGGCCCCACCGAGAAAAGGCAAUACAGCAAAAGACAAAGAUCUUUGUGCAGAUAACAAACAAGACCAUUCGAAGAACUUAAGCUAAGCAUUCUGGGACAAGGUUCAUCUUUGACUGACUACUGGAUCAAAGGCAGUGGCACUGAGUCCUCCUUCUGAGCACUUCCGAAGUGAAACAAUCCAAAUUCAGAAGGCUGAAGUUCAGAUUCCAGCUUGUAAAGUGGAAAGCAGGUAUGAUUCUGCUCAGGUCACUAAAGGACUAGGGGCUAACACCUAAACGACGACUCACUGGUGCCCUGAUAACUAUAACUCAUGCAAGACUUUAGACUCCUAUUGAGAACAGCUAAUUUUUUUAGAUUGGGAAGUAAGCAAUUGUGCAUUUGAUAGUCUAUCUUUAGUUAUAAUUCAUAAAGUAUGCAAUGUACAGAUUGCAAACGGCCAAUGCUGCACAGACCAAGUUCUCUCAAACAAGCUUUUGCUGACUGAUGUUCGCAAACAAGCAGUGUAUGAUGAUGAGUGUAAGCUGCAAAAACCAAGGUUGUCUAAAAAAAGCAAGAGAGAAUUCACACCCGUGAACAUCAUAUUCUAAGCAUAGGGAAGAAGAUAAAACCUGCUUCCUGGGUCCAGGGAGAUGGUUCAGCCAUGCAAGCAUGAGCACCUGAGUUCAAAUCCCCAGUGCCCAUGAAGACACAAAACAUACAACAUUAGCAUCUGCAACUGCAGUGGCCUUCUGAGACAGGAGGCAGACAAAGAAAAACCCUCGAAAGCCUGAAGGUAUGCAGUGGAGGCACCAAGACACUGUCUCAAGGCAGAAGGCCCGAUACCUAAUGUCCUCCAUAUUCAGACAGGCAUAUAUGCUAUACACACAUACCAAAAUACUACACUUCCUGAAAACUAAUUUCAAUUUGUGUGUGUGUUUAUCCACAGGAAAUAGAGACAGUGUGGCUGCCAAGUUUUCUCAUUGCAUUCUCUGCUUCCUGGACAGACUCCUAUCAGAAUAAGAAAAGCAGAUACCUGGGGUUGGGGGAUUUAGCUCAGUGGUAGAGCGCUUGCCUAGCAAGUGCAAGGCCCUGAGUUCAGUCCCCAGCUCCGGAAAAAAAAGAAAAGAAAAGAAAAGAAAAAAAAAAAAAGAAAGAAAAAAAGAAAGAAAAGCAGAUACCUGACCUGAGCCAGGUAGCACUUGCAAACCUACCCAUGCGUGUUCAAUUGAAAACAUCUUUAUAUGCAGAUGCAGGAAGCCUUGCCUGAGUUAUUUCUAUUGAUACUGGCAAACAUCUAGCAAUGCCUUGGAAAACAGUAAUUUCGUGGCUUACAGCCUAGCCAUUCUGUUGCUACACCCCAUCAACCCUAUAAAAUUUGUUUUAUGCUAAAGCAAAUUAGGUGGUUUACAUGUGUAUAAAAAGAAAUGUAAGCUCUGUGUGACAGUCUAGCUUAGAGACACCUGUAUAUUGAUAUAUUUAUGUAAUCUGUGUAUAUGAGGGUGUGUGUGUGUGUGUGUGUGUGUGUGUGUGUGUGUGUGUGUGGAACACUGGUGAGUGUUAAGUUCUCUUUAGUAAACCUUAAAUUCUACUUUCAGGGCUUGAGAUUUCCUGUAGCAUCUAAAACCUAUUACUCCUUUUCUUGCUCCUUGAGGUCAGCAGACAACUGUCCACAGGGCUGAAUUAAGUACUGAUUUGAGGACACAACUGACAGAGCUGACAGAGUAUUACCAUGUGUCCCAGGUUAGCAUACUGCUUACUCAAAAGGUCUGAAAAGUCAGUGUGGGGUUAUGCACCUGUAAUCCCAGCCCUUCAGGUUGAGGCACAGUGAUAUCCUGUCUCUAACAACAAAGGCGGAUGAGGGAUCUAAACUGCACUUAUCUCCUUAUCAACAGGUAGGGAAAAAAAAAACUGAAAAAGAAGUGAAGCCUAGUAUAAACAGAGCACCUCCAAUCUGAAAAUAUGAUAUACUUCUAAAUAGAAAAAAUUAAAACAUAUUAGGCCACUAGUAUCAAGUUUCAAGAUUUCUCAGUUCUUGGUUUUGUUUUUUUUUUUUCCAUUUUUAGGGAUGCUCAUCUGCUAAGUCUAUGCAAAUAUUCUAAUAUCUGAAGCACUUCUUUUGUGAAUUUUGAAUGUAGUUUAAACUGUAACAAGCCCAAUUCUGUUAGUAAUAACAAAGAACAAAAAUAUUACAAAGAAAAUUCUCUGUAUGGCAUCAAUUUCUGAGUCUUCCGUCUCACUCCAUGCUCACACUGAGACAACCAGUUUCUAGGACUGUCUAAGAUUUGGCUUGUUUAGAAAGCAGUACAGUGUUAACUCAUCUCAAUACUUUUGGACGCUUACUGUGAAGCGAGAUGCAGCCUUAGGUUCCACUGUGUGGUCCUCAUAGCAGUCCUCCUCAUACAGAACUUCUCUGAGAUCCACCUACCUUGCAAUUGGCCUCACUCUCCUACACAACUGAAAGCAGCCUUGUACAUUGCAAUGGAAACAGCUAACAAUCCAAUGGAUGCAUCAGAGCAGCUAAUAAGCCUCACCUUACCCAUGCUUAGAAGUCAAAUUCAAUGCCACCUCCAGGAUUCAAAAUUAUACCCUAAAUCCUCUGCUCCUCAGAGAGGAAGCAGCAGCCCUGAGGACUGAGGACUUUCUUGCCACGGAUUCACUUUAAUCUCUGACCAAAUUCAGUUCUCAUCCUCUGCUCUCUAAAUCAUUACAUGUUAAAGGAUUACUAAUGUCUUAGAGAACAGCCUGAUCAAUGAACCUCAUUAUAGUAACUUCCCAAGAUAAAAUGUGGAUAAGUAUGGCAUGUGCCUAGCCAUACAAACAGAAAAGCAAACAACUGAGAUUCAAUGAUUUAAAUCUAGUGACAAAAUCUGCAACAAGUAAGUGUCUUAUAAAUGUCCAUUUUAUUUGCCUUGUCUACAGAUUGAGUUCCAGGACUGCCAUAAAUAUACAGAGAAACCCUGUCUCAAAAAAAAAAAAAAUCCAUUAUAAUGUAAACAUUCUGUGCUGUCUACAGGGGCUAAACCAGUGAACAAGACAGACACCACCUCUACCAGUAUUUUUGAUUUUUCUCUGUUUGAAAGGGAAUGUUCUAAUUCUUCAAAACUGUACUUUAAAAUCUUUAAAACGUAGGGUAAAAUGGCUUAACCAUUUCAAAGUAAAAAGAGUUAAAUGUUUCUUAGAAUAUGUCAAGUAGGGGUUGGUGAUUUAGCUCAGUGGCAGAGCGCUUGCCUAGCAAGCGCAAGGCCCUGGGUUCAGUCCCCAGCUCCAAAAAAAAAAAAAGAAAAAAAAAAUAUGUCAAGUAGAACAUCACUAACACCACAUUGCUAACUACUGUGAAUGUUUACAAUGGAGAAAACAGCCUAUAAAAACAGUAGGUCAUCAAGAUCAAUUCUAUACAACUGGAGAACAAUUCGGUGCUUUAGUCAGGAUUUACCAAAAUGUUUCAGGGCUUAAACUCUGGAAAGUCAUUUCUCUAAAUAUGACAACUAUUUCUCUAUGUGCUUUUCUAGCAAACGAACAAUCUCGGGAGUUUUAUAUAUGUCUGAAUACAAAUCAUUUUUAUUACCAGUGUCAUGGUGGUUGUGUGACUGGAGGGGAUGUUUGAGCCUAAUUUUCUAAGGAGACCUUGUCUCUUAAUAGGGUUGUUACUAAGUCUAAACUACUUUAAAUGAGACACUUGCUCCCCUACAAAAAGGGGCCGUGGAGGGAAGAUGGAAUUGAAUGCUUCCGAACUUUUCAUCAGUGAAGAAUGUUUUCAAAACGUGUUUAGAUACUAUGCAUACACGUGGUAUGCUCCCAUCGCGUGGCAGGAUUCCUCCAUUGGAGGGAAUCAGUUACUGUUACUUGUUAUUUGUAGACAAUGGGUAGAAAAGAUGGCUUCGGUCGAUUUGAGUUACUCCGGUUUUCUCCAUCUUCUGCUACUCUGCUACUCUGCCACCCCAUCUCAACCUUUCCUCCUCUUCCUGCCAUCAUAGCCGCCUCCUCCGCCUCCUCCUCCUCCCCACCCCCCAACCCUUUCGGGCGGCGCGGCAGUUGUGGGGGAGGUCCCCUCCUUGCCGGAUUCUUCCAUUUCUUCUAUCUCCUCCACCCCGUCCCCCACCUCCCAUUCUUUCAACCAGAAGGACUCUUAACUCCCUUUUCCCCAUUUCUCCAACUCCCUUCAAACUAUCCCAAACUACUACUGGAACCGUUUUUACCAAAGUGUUUAACCCUCUAACUCCCUAAGAAACGAUCCGUCCCCACUUCACUCUUAAUUAAACUGCUUUUCUCCACGGCCCCCACCGGUCUUCAUAUCCCUCACCCUUCUCCCAAAGAUUCCCCUUCCAACUAUCUUCCUCUACCGCUCAAUACUAUCCAAAAUCCUUCCCGGUCCCGCUUCUCUAAGACACACCACCCUCCUCAACUCUAGGAUUCACUCCCCCCAAAAGCACCCGAGUUCACUUUGCAAGCAGCCUCCAAAUAAAAGUCUCCCAGAAGCUUCUUCCUCCCCACUACCAUGAUUUAAAAUAAAUGUCCCCUGAAACAAGCCUAACAUUUCUGUCAGUUCCGCCCCAAACCCCUUUUGAGCCCCCUGCUGCCAUUCCCGCUACUUUCUGGGUUCCAAGUCCACUCAACUCCAGCAGGCCUUCCGACCGGGGACUGAGCCCCUUUCCCCCCCGCACAUACCUCGAGGAUCCGGCCCGCGCCGCCCCCUGCUCCUUCCUCCGCCCGCGUUCCGCCAGCCUUUCCGCCCUUCUCCUACUCCACCCAGCUCCCUCGCUCCCUUCCUUCCGUCCUUGCACCGCUCUCGGUCCCCAAGCUUCCCCGGCUCGCGGCGGGCUAGCCUUGGCCCUCGCGGCCCUCACGCUUCCUUGCCCAGCAUGCGCCCCUCCCCCGCCCGCUCCCCGCCCCUCCGCUCGCCAUUCUUCUCCGGGAGCCGCGCGCCCCGCCCGGCCCCGGCUGCCUAGCUGGCCGAUCUUUCGCGCUCUCCACACCGUCCCCACCUCCGACCUCGUUCCCCGCGGCCUCCCUCGCCCCCCGCCCGCUGCCUGACCUGCAAUGGCGGCCGCCGAGCGCGGCGCCGCGCGGCCAACGGGCGACAACCGAACCUCCCGCCGCCGUCGCCGCCGCCGCGAGCAUUGCCUGCGCACUUCCGGCCUCGCGCCGCCUAGUACUUCCGGGACGGAGCUAUAGAGUGCGCACGCGCGCACGUGGGACCGGGGCGGAGAGAGGCGAGGUCCCGGGUAGCGAGUGCCUGGCGGUAGGUGAGUUCGGGGAGAAUCCCCGGGGGUAGCUGAAACAGUGAGUUCGGAAGGGGUGCAGUUCACCCGGAGUCGGGGGCCCGCGGACCUUGUUAGAUGCUCGGUUCUGAGGCCGAGUGGAAGCUAACUCCGUGAACCUGGGAGAGAGCAGGACUGGCGGACACCUCGCGCUCUUCAGUCCCUCUUCAGAACGUGCCCGCUCUGCAUGUGGCUCCCUUGAGGGUAGACGAGUGAGGGGCGAACAAGUUCCACUCCCAGUAGGAAUGGGUGAAUUUAAAGUCCAUCGAGUUCGUUUCUUUAAUUACGUUCCAUCAGGCAUCCGAUGUGUGGCUUACAAUAACCAGUCAAACAGAUUGGCUGUUUCACGAACAGAUGGCACGGUGGAAAUUUAUAAUUUGUCUGCAAACUAUUUUCAGGAGAAAUUUUUCCCAGGUCAUGAGUCUCGGGGUACCGAAGCCCUGUGUUGGGCAGAAGGACAGCGGCUCUUUAGUGCCGGACUGAAUGGAGAAAUUCUUGAGUAUGACCUACAGGCACUAAACAUCAAGUACACUUUGGAUGCCUUUGGAGGACCGAUUUGGAGUAUGACCGCCAGCCCCAGUGGCUCUCAACUUUUGGUUGGCUGUGAAGAUGGCUCCGUGAAAUUAUUUGAAGUCACCCCAGACAAAAUCCAAUUUGCAAGAAAUUUCGAUCGUCAAAAAAGUCGGAUCCUGAGUCUCAGCUGGCAUCCUGCUGGUACCCACGUUGCAGCUGGUUCCAUAGACUACAUUAGUGUGUUCGAUGUCAAAUCAGGGAGCAUAACCCGGAAGAUGGUUUUAGACAGGCAGCACCUGGGAGUGACCAAGUCAAGGUGCAUAGUGUGGGGUGUUGCCUUCCUGUCCGACGGCACUGUCAUAAGCGUGGACUCAGUUGGAAAGGUGCAGUUAUGGGACUCAGCUACUGGGACACUUGUCAAGAGCCAUCUCAUCGCAAACGCUGACGUGCAGUCUAUUGCUGUUGCUGAUCAAGAAGACAGUUUUGUGGUGGGCACAGCCGAGGGCACAGUGUUCCAUUUCCAGCUGGUGUCGGUGACUUCCAACAGCAGCGAGAAGCAGUGGGUGCGGACGAAACCAUUCCAGCACCACACACACGACGUGCGCACUGUGGCCCACAGCCCAACAGCCCUGAUAUCAGGAGGCACCGACACCCACCUAGUUAUUCGGCCUCUCAUGGAGAAAGUGGAGGUAAAGAACUACGAUGCCGCUCUCCGAAAGAUCACUUUCCCCCAUCGGCGUCUCAUUUCCUGUUCAAAGCGAAGGCAGCUUCUCCUUUUCCAGUUUGCUCACCACUUGGAACUCUGGAGACUAGGAUCCACAGCCGCAACAGGCAAGAAUGGAGAUACUCUUCCGCUCUCUAAAAAUGCAGACCAUCUCCUGCACCUCAAGACAAAGGGCCCUGAGAACAUUAUCUGCAGCUGCGUCUCCCCGUGUGGAAGUUGGAUAGCCUAUUCUACAGCGUCUCGGUUUUUUCUCUAUCGAUUGAAAUAUGAACGUGAUAACAUUAGCCUCCAAAGAGUUUCCAAAUUACCAGCAUUCCUUCGCUCUGCCCUUCAUAUUUUGUUUUCUGAAGAUUCAACAAAGCUCUUUGUGGCAUCAAAUCAAGGGUCUCUACAUGUCAUCCAUCUUUCGGAAGGAAGCUUCAAGCACUUGCAUACUUUCCAGCCACAAUCAGGGACAGUGGAGGCCAUGUGUCUUUUGGCAGUCAGUCCCGAUGGGAAUUGGCUAGCUGCAUCAGGUACCAGUGCUGGAGUCCACAUAUAUGAUCUGCAUCAUCUAAAGCUUCACUGCACAGUGCCUGCUUACAAUUUCCCAGUGACUGCUCUGGCCAUCGCCCCCAAUACCAACAACCUGGUCAUUGCUCAUUCUGACCAGCAGGUAUUUGAGUUCAGCAUCCCAGACAAGCAGUAUACAGAGUGGAGCCGCUCUGUCCAGAAGCAAGGAUUUCACCAGCUGUGGCUCCAAAGGGAUACUCCCAUCACACACAUCAGCAUCCAUCCCAAGAGACCCAUGCACAUCCUCCUCCAUGACGCCUACAUGUUCUGCAUCAUUGACAAGUCCUUGCCACUUCCAAAUGACAAAACUGUGCUCUAUAAUCCGCUUCCUCCGAAAAACGAAUCAGAUGUCUUCCUGAGGCGCACGACCCAUGGAUUUAAAAUGUCUAAGAUAUAUAAGCCCUUACUCUUUAUGGAUCUUUUGGAUGAAAGGACACUUGUGGCAGUAGAACGACCUCUGGAUGACAUCAUUGCUCAGCUCCCACCACCCAUCAAAAAGAAGAAAUUUGGAACUUAAAACGGGACACUGACUGUGUCCUUUCUUGAACUGUCUGUCCUGUUCUUUGUUUGUUCGUUUCUUUGUUUGUUUUUUCUGAAAUCAUGAUAAUAAAACAAAGUUAUUCUUUAGGA